UACAUUUCAAAUUCAAAUCCCGGUGGCACUAAUCUACUUCCAUGCACCUUGGCCACUUAAUCUUCGCCUUUGAGGCUUUGACGUCAUCCGAGCGUGUCGCGUUGCUUUCAAAAGCUCGUCAAGUUUAGAAAAUUAAAACCACGUUCGGGUAAAACACCACAACAAAUUCGAUUUUGUAGGUGAAAUCGCUACAAAACUCCAAUUUAACUGUAGGAGUCAUCAUGCUAAUAUGAAUUCGAGUUAACAAAAACGUUUAAUUGAAGAUUAAAUUGCCCGACGGAAGGAGUGUUUUGGACGACUUUUUUAAAUGUAUUUUUUUCCUUGACCGCAAACGAGACGCGUGUUAUCCGAGCGGCACUUGAAGGCGUCAUUAUCCAAGCAGCAGGCGGUGACUUCAACCGCCCCGUCUGCUCUCACGCGAGUGACGCGACAGAAGCACCCAAAAAACUUCAGCAGUGGCCCAAAGUGAACCUCGGCGGUGUUCAAACUUGGUCUCAGUACGAUUAUUUGUCAUUUGUCAAGGCUGCCUUCACACUCCGCGUUCGGCAUGACGAGUUAACGCGCGUGCCUGCUGCGGUUGGAAAGACAGUCGGAACAACUUGUAAAAAUCAGAGUCAAGUUCGCUUGUCAUUUUGAAAGUCGGCUUUUGCUGCACAUACUGGACGACGUGGACUAUUUUGAUUUAAGGAAAAAAAUAAAAAAGAAGACGAGAUUGUGAACAGUAUACAAGCGCGGUGUUGCUCAUUGAGCUGGAAUCGGGGGCAGUACUCCGUGUGCAGAAUUUUAAACAUUGGGCGCCUACUCCCUUGUGGAUAAAGGUGCUGAAUGGCCUCGGUUGUAGCGGUGAAAACUGAGAAACGAACUGCAGCUGAUUCACAGGAUGCAGAUUCAAAUGGGAAGAAGCCCAGGAAACUGCUGCCCAGCCUGAAGACCAAGCACGCCCCUGAGCUUGUCCUAGUGAUCGGCACCGGGAUAAGCUCCGCCGUGGCCCCGCAGGUUCCGGCCCUCCGCUCCUGGAAAGGCCUCAUCCAGGCCUUGCUGGACGCCGCCAACGACUUUGACUUACUAGAAGAGGAAGAGAGCCGACGUUUCCAAAAGCACAUGCAGGAGGAUAAAAAUUUGGUGCACGUGGCUCAUGACCUCAUUCAGAAACUUUCUCCGAGAACAGGCAACGUGCGUUCCACAUUCUUCAAGGACUGCCUAUACGAGGUGUUUGAUGACUUGGAGUGCAAGAUGGAACACGCCGGCAAGCAUCUGCUGCGCUCCGUGCUGCAGUUAAUGGAGAGCGGCGCGCUGGUCCUCACCACCAACUUCGACAACCUGCUGGAGAUCUACGCGGCUCACCAAGGCACCAAGCUGGAGUCUUUGGAUCUGACGGACGAGAAAAAGGUGUUGGAGUGGGCUCAAGAGAAGCGACGGUUGAGCGUUUUACACAUCCACGGUGUUUACACCAACCCUUGCGGUAUUGUGCUGCACCCCGCUGGCUACCAGAAUGUACUGAGGAACACUGAGGUUAUGCGUGAGAUCCAGAAGCUGUACGAGACCAAAUCCUUUGUUUUCCUGGGCUGCGGGCGCACCGUCGACGACACGACCUUUCAGGCGUUGUUCUUGGAGGCCGUCAAACACAAAUCCGACCUGGAGCACUUCAUGCUCGUACGGCGCGAGGACGUGGGGGAGUUCAAGAAGCUACGCGACAACAUGCUGGACAAAGGCAUCAAGGUCAUUUCGUACGGGGACGAGUACUCGGACUUGCCCGAGUACUUAGAGCGGCUGGCCAACGAGAUCUGCUUUCGAGAUGUAUCCACCAAUGACUGGGGUAAGGUACUGUGUUCAUAUUUGGUUUGAUGGACAGAAACGUUUACAUUGCAUUUAAUUUAAGGCAAAGCCAGUAACUACAUUUCCGGCUAUCAAUCCAUCAGCCAAAAAGAAGUUCUGACAAGUGUUUUGACUAUGCAGGUUAAAAUUAAGUCACUAUUUGUAUCGGAAUUUCGUUUAUUCCAGAUUAUGUUGGGUGGGCGUUUGUUUUAAACCAUCAUUUUGCUGAUUGAGGACACACCUCUUAGGCUGGAUUUACACUGCAGGUCCAAGUGUUCAGAAUCAGCUUUAUUGGCCAAGUGUGUAAAAACACACGAAUUUUUUUUCCGGCAGUCGGUGCUGCCCUGGUACGACAUUCAAGAACAUAGAGCAAGGAACCUCCAAUUCAAUUCCAAUGUUUUGCUUGUAUCAGAUUUUGGUUUAUUUCCCCUUUUUUAAAAAAAAAUUACAUUUCAAGUAGCAUAUCCCAUAUCUGUGGCUAUUAUGAUUAGCAUGUAGUAAUUAAUAUACAGAUACAUGUACAGGUACAGAGCCUUUCCAAAAAAUGUGAAUAUCACGGAAAAAAAUAUUUUAUAGUAUCUCCAUAAUUCUGUUCAAAAAGUUCAACUUUUUUUUAAUCAGGGCCCACAAUUUCAAGUAUUUUUUUUUAACAUAAUUUGGGCUUCCUGCUCAUAAAACCUUUUGUGGGAAUUACAGGAAUUCAAAAAAAUUUUUACUUAUACUUUACUCAUACUUUUAAGAAAUCAUCCCAUUAGGGUGUGAGUUUCACAUUAGUAAUCCACUGAAUUUAAAGCAAAUUUAUUUGUAUAGCGCAUGUCAUGCACAAGGUAAUUCAAUGUGCUUUACAUGAUUAAAAUCAUUUGAAAACAAAACGAUAAAACAUUUAAAACGGAUAAAAGCAAUAAAAAUGACAAACGAAAUAUUUUUAAAAAGACAAUUAAAACCGCAUAUAGUGCAGGUAAUAUGAUCAAAAAGUAGACAUAAAGCAAGAGGAAAAAAGUGUUUUCAACCUGGAUUUAAAACAUUGACACUUAGGGCUGCCCUCACCUCUGUUGGCAACUUAUUCCAUUUGUGUGCCGCCUAAUAGCGAAAUGCUGCUUCACCAUGUUUGCUUUUGGACUCUGCACAGCUUUCCGCUGGUUGCUGUCAUUAAAUUGCUUCAGUUUGGUUCAAUUGUCUCACUUGUGUUCAAUCUCGGGAAGACUCCAGGCUUGAAAUCUGGCCAGAAGACCAUCGCUGAUACCCUCCAUAGGGAUGGGUAAGCCGCAAAAGUCCCAUAGCAUAUCACUGGCAAGCAAGGAAAGUGGAAGGACAAAAUGCGGCAGGGGAAGGCGCACCAGCAAAAGAGAUGAUAGUUGGGGUCUGCGGAUUAUCAGAGUGGAAUGAGGCGGGAGCCACAGCUUCAAAAACCACCACAUUCAGACGCAUCCGGAUGAUGGGCGACAACUGGCGGGUUCCUCGGGUAAAGCCACUUCUGAGUCUGAGCCAACGUAAGAAGCGUCUCAAUCGGGCCAAGGAGCAGAACAACUGGACUGUUGGCCAGUGGUCCUCUUUUCCGAUGAAAGACAAGUGUCCCUUUCAUUCAGGAAUCAAGGUCCAAGGGUUUGGGGGAAGACUGGUGAGGAACAGGUGGACUGUCCAAAAUCCUCAAUCCAAGGUCACUGCAACAGUUUACCAGAAUGUUUUAGAAGACUGAUUUUGUGAUUCCUUCUGAGGAUCUGGAUGGAGGAUCCAGAUUUCAUCUUCCAGCAGCAGGACCUGCCCCCUAACCAUAUCACCAGAAGCACCCAAACCAGGUUUGAUUGCCAUGCCAUCACAGUGCUGGACUGUACAAACAACUCGCUGGAUCUAAAUGCCUUUGGGUUAUUAUGAGGCGUUAUCCAGAAGAAAAUGAGGACCACCAGCUCCAAAAACAAAGAACUGACCGCAACGUAAGAAGCGUCUCAACCGGGCCAAGCAGAAGGAUGACUGGACUGCUUUCAUUCAAGAAUCAAGGUCUAAGGGUUUGGAGGAAGAUUCGUGAGGAGCAGGUAAAUUGUCCAAAAUCCUCAAUCCAAGGUCACCGCAACUGUUUACCAGAAUGUUUUAGACGACUGACUUUGUGAUUCCUUCUGAGGAUCUGCACGGAAGAUCCAGAUUUCAUCUUCCAGCAGCAGGACCUGGCCCCUGAUCAUACCACCAGAAGCACCCAAACCAGGUUUGAUGGCUGUGCCAUCGCAGUCCUGGACUGUACAAACAACUCGCUGGAUCUAAACACCUCUGGGGUAUUAUGGGCCAUUAUCCAGAAGAAAAUGAAGACCACCAGACCCAAAAACAAAAAACUGGCCACAAGCAUCAAGGGAAUCUGGGCUUCCAUAACUCCCAGGAAAUGCCACGGCGGAUCCAGGCAGUGAUUCAAGCAAAGGGAUUCCCAACCAAGUACUGAAGAUUAAAUAUUGUUUUGGAAGUACCAUAUUUUAAUUGCUGAAAUGUGACCCUCAUUUCUUUUUUUUUUCCUACAAAAACUGACAAGUAAAUGGUGCGUUUCUUCACAUUGUUUUAAUGUUUGAAAUACCUGAUCCCCUGGGUGGAAGGCAAAAUUAUGUAAAAAUAAAAAUAUUCUUGAAAUUGUGGUCCUUGAAUCUAUAAUCUGUAAAAGUUUAAAUUUUUGAAUGUAAUUAUUAUUCCAUGAUAUUCACAUAUUUUGGGAAGGGUCUGCAAGGUGCAGCUAUUUAGGCUACUUGGGAUCGUCAUACUCAUUAUCGACUGUGGUGUCUACGACUUUACGUGUGUAUGACUUUGUAAGGCAGGUUCUAGCCUGGUAAUUGUGGACAUCCGUGAAUGAUUUUACACGAAAGCCAACAGUUUUAAGACGACAAAUCCAGCCCCAGGUGUGCCGUCAAUUAACUCAGAUGUUGUCAGUUAACCUAUCAGGAGUUUCCAAACUCAUGACAUCAUCAACUGGGCUUCCCCAUUCUCUUCAAGGACAUACCGUAGUACUUUUAGUGCAUGUAAACUCUUGAAUUUCUCACUCUCAUUGUAGAGUCAUUUAACAAAAUCACCAGUAAAUAAUUUUGAUGACGCUCGCCGGGAUAGGCUUCAGCACUCCCGCGAUCCUCGUGAGGAUAAGUUGCUCAGAAAAUGAACGGUGAUCCUGACUGAUCUGAAAUGGGAGAGGUUUAGUCUGAGUUGACUUCAGACCGUGAGACAAAAAGAAAUCAAACGUGUGCUUUGGAAACUUCUGGCUUCCACAUUUUGUUCUUGUUUGAAUUCACAGUGGAUGUUUAUUCGUUUUGUUUGGGCAGAUAGAAACGUGUAUGCAUAACUCGUGUAUUUCGACAACGUCAGGCUCUCAUCGAUGGGGUAUAUCUGAGCUGUGUGUAUAGAGCUCGCGCAUCUCUGUCAUAAAAUCACAUGACUUUUAUUUACUUCGCCAUAUUGCCGGUCAAGCUAAGCACCGCUCGAUGCUAAGUCGGUUGGGGAGGACACGGAAAUAUGUCUUGUAGCACGACGCCCAGAGUCUUGUCCGAUUUCGUCAAACAUUUAGAAGGUGGAAAAUAAACAAAGCUACGUGGAAAAAUUAGAUAACCCUAACUCGGCAUAGCGGACCCGUAUUUAAUGCCCAAGUCGAUGUUUUCUGUUUUACAACAAUCGAGCCAUUUGACGGCACCAAAAAAAAAAAAAAAAAAAGGUCACUUGAAUCAUGCAGUGUAAAUCUAGAAUGUAUUCCAAACGUGCAUGUCCCGAGUAUUUUCUACAUACAGUGUAACCUCCAAUGUCAGGCACAAUUCGAUCCAUGACGUUGAUCGACCUCCUCGCCGUUUUCCCAAUUCCUGGCAGAGACAGGAUGUUGUUAGUUAUUACACUUUUAUUAGAAAAAAAAUCAAAACACACUUCUGAGUUUGACCUUUAAAAUACUCUGUGAGGUGGAUCAGCCGGUAAAGCGUUGGCCUCACAGUUCUGAAGUCCUGGGUUCAAUCCCAGCCCCGCCUGUGUGAAGUUUGCAUGUUCUCUGCUGUGCCUGCGUGGGUUUUCCUCGGGCACUCCGGUUUCCUCCCACAUCCCAAAAACACGCAACAUUAAUUGGACACUCUAAAUUCCCCUUAGGUGUGAUUGUGAGUGCAGCUGUUCGUCUCCAUGUGCCCUGCGAUUGGCUGGUAACCAGUUCAGGGUGUCCCCCGCCUCCUGCCUGUUGACAGCUGGGAUAGGCUCCAGCACUCCCUCGUGAGGAUAAGCGGCAAAGAAAAACGGCACCAUGCACGACGGUGUUCUUGCCUUAUAAUUUUCCAUGGAGGUUACACUGUCCGAUGACUUUGUGAUGACUUCCUGUGCCUCCGUUUAUGUACUGUCCAACCUUUCUAUUUGUAUUUCCAGGGUUUUAAAAUGGGGGGUGGGGGCAGCAGAACGGCUUUAACACUCAGAAAUACCUCCCAGGUUAGGAGUCAAUGCGUCUUCUUGCUGACAUCAACCUGAGGCCACAUACCAGAUUUUUCACCACGGCAAACGAGACUGUUCUCUCUCUUCCCUGCGUGUCGGUCGGGCUCGAAAGUCAAAAGUCUUAUUUGCUCCUUCGGGGGUCAAAAGAACUGCUGACGCCCCAGUAAUUUCAGCGGACUUUGCCGUGAUAUGAUAGCAUUCAUGGAAGUCUUCAAUAUUGUUGAUGCUGUUUUUUUUUUGUUUGUUUGUUUUUAACAAUACACUUAAAAUUCCCCCCUCCCCUUUUUUUUUUUUUUUUUGCAUUCGCUUCCCACAAUGAACGAGUGUACUGGAAUAGUUGUUUGUAUGAACAGUGAGGCCCAUGUCUGUCAUUUUCUUCGUGUGGUUAUUUAAAAGGGAAGCUAAAAUGAAGUUUGGGACACUCCCGGAGCACAGCAUACCGUUGACGAUAAACUAUUCAUAAUUCAUGUGACUCACUGUGAUGCCCCAUGAGUCAUCUUCUUGGUUUUUAUGGGUAGCAAAAUUUUCAUGUUACACCUGCUCUGCGGAGCAAAUGUGAGGAUGUGACGGGGUCCAAACAUUCAAGGAGGUUUGGGUCUGCCUUGCUCGUGCAGGACCAGCGUGAAUGUCGAGACAAUUACAUUUUUAUUUAUUUUUUUUUUUUGCGAGGCCUUGUCCUGCAAGUAGCAAUUCGUCACUCCCGUGCAGAAAUGUUCUUUUGUCUUUUAUAUGUACUCAUGUCUUUGUGAUAUAGUAUUUAUAAGUACUAUUUUC